CAGACCCACAGUGGGCCAUCUCCACAGCUGCUUGGACCGGCAAAUGGACCAUUUAGUUCCAAGAAGAUGGGAUGCUGAGAGAAUUCAGACCGGCAGCUUCCCCCAGUUCCUGGCCCAGUCCGAUCUGUCCAUGCUGUCUUCAAGUCCUGCUUCCUGUACAUCUCCCAAGCCUGACACCGACAACCCUGACAAGAAGGUCCACUGGGCUUCUGAGAAGAGAAGGAGGGCAUCAUCCACAGACUCAGAAUCAAAGACUCACUUGGACAUCUCUAAGUUGCCCAGGUCCCGGAGGCCCAGCAGGCUAACGGUGAAGUAUGACCGGGGCCAUCUGCAGCGCUGGCUGGAGACGGAGCAGUGGGUAGAUGCUCAGCUGCAGGAGCUCUUCCAGAGUCAAGAAGCUCCUUCAGAGCCUGAAAUUGAUCUGGAAGCGCUCAUGGAACUAUCCACAGAGGAGCAGAAGACUCAGUUGGAGGCCAUUCUCCGAGACUGCCCCUAUGACACAGAGUCUUUUAUCUCUGAGCUGCUCAGUCAACUCAAGAAACUUCGGAGACUCAGCAGGCCUGCAAAAUAAUGCUGGAGAGAGCAUAUUCUGCAGCCUUAGCCCUGAUCUGGAGACUGGCUGACAAGGGAUGCAGAAGACAAGGAGAGACACUUGAAUAGCCCAAGUGUGUGUGCAGACACAGCUGGGCUCUCUCUGCUGGGCACUCUGGGAGUCAGUUGUGGCUGUUGCCUAAUGCUUCCCUUGGCAGCCAGGAUAAAAACUUUAGGAAACCUGC